CGAUGGUCCUCUCGUACCAUAUCCAAGAUCCAAACAUUCCAGCGGGGACCGGCGACAACCUUUUGCGACGCCGCUUAUGCAAGGUCUACCACGGGCCUGCCCUGCCCGGCUGGAAUUAAAAGGUCUGGGUUGCUGUGAUAGGCCUUCCUCUCCAACCUGGUCUGACCAUGAGAUUGGGCAUGCAGCAAUCAAAAAUACCCUGCUUCGUCCCAGUGGACCAAAGCCAGUCUAUGAGUUUGUCUUUGUGAUCUCGCCGCCAAAGAACGCGCCAGUCACUGGCUGGAUGUAUCGGUCUCCGAAGCGCACUGUUACUCAACAUCUCGCCCAAUAACGGUCGAUAUACAGGUAGCAUCAACCACGUGGAUGUUUGCUUUCGCAGCGAUGCAGCCCGAGCCUGGUCUAGAUAGAUAAGACCGAUGGCCCCUGGUCUUUGAAAGCUGAAGCUGUAUCUGCGGAUGUUCAGAACGUCGACAUGCUGUCCCAAACAGACACCAGCCCUAGCCGGACAAAGUCACUCGAGCCACUGGAUGUGCUCUCCAAGCUGGAGCCGUCUCGAGGACCAAGCCACGCCCACUGGUGGCAGCGUACCGGUCCGCAGCUUGCUCUGAUGCUGAAGGAGGCCGGGUACGCUGUGGAAAAGCAAUUCGAGGUCCUCCUGUUCCAUUACCACUGGAUAGUUCCCUAUCUCGGCCCCAAGCCCGAUGACAACGGCUGGAAGUCUCUUGUCUCCGACAUUGGUAUCCCACUGGAAUACUCGUGGAAAUGGGACACAUCAGCCAGCGGUCCCGAUGUGCGUCUCACUAUCGAAGCCAUCAACGAACUCAGCGGCACCCGGUUUGAUCCCCUCAACCAGUCUCCCUCUCUCGAGCUCUUCCAGCGUCUUGCAGGCAUCCUGCCGCAGCUGGAUCCGUCCUGGACGAGCCACUUUCUCUCCACAUUCUACGACCACGACAAGGUAAAGUACGUGGAAGAGUCACAGUCCUCGUCGGGAAUGCCCCUGCGCUCCACGAUGCUGGUCUGCUUCGAGUUCGGCCGCAACGGCACAACGUCCAAGACAUACAUGAGCCCGCGCAAACUGGGCCAGCAGGGAUUCGCACCGUUGUCUGAGUACAUGUCCGCCAUCCAAGCCCUAGGACCAAGCCGUGCCCUCGACGCCCUGACCGACUUCCUCAGCACCAGCCCCGAAGGCCCCGACCUCAAGCCCUUCAUGCUGGCCGUUGAUAACAUCGCCCCGUCCGCCUCACGGCUCAAGUUCUACUUCGCCACCCCGCGAACGCGCUACAAUUCCAUCCGCGAAGUCCUCACCCUCGGCGGGCGAGUCACAAACCCAACCCUCGAGUCUAAACUACGCCCGCUGCACGAACUCGUCAAAGCCAUCAUGCCUACGCCAGUGGACCUUGCAGACGACGCCGACAUCCCUCCCCCUUCCUCGGAUGCAACCCCAGAGUCCAACUCAACGUCCAACCCCGACAUGGCCAGUGAACGCCCCGCUUUCAUAGCCGGAUACCAAUACUACUUCGACAUCGCCCCCGGCGCCUCCCUCCCCGAUAUCAAAUUCUACAUCCCGAUUCGCAAAGCGCAGAUUAACGACCGUGUUGUCGCGGACGGGCUCACAGAUUGGAUGAGAGCGCAGGGGCGUGGUGCCUUCUGCGAUGGGUACGUCAGGGUUCUAGAGGGGCUAGCUGGGGGGGAGGACUUGAGUCAGUGCCAUGGCUUGCAUACCCAUAUCUGCUGCAUGGUGAAGGCGGAUGGGGAGGUUGAGGUUACCUCCUAUCUGGCGCCGGGGGUAAAGGAGUAGGUAGCUGUUUACCUGAGUUUGCGUUUUUGACAUGAUUAUCGGAUCGUCCUUAGUGCAGCUGUAAAUAGGAACACCUGAACUGGUGCCUCUGUUGUCCUCUCUCAAUAGCUCUCAACGGAAAAAAUAUGCAGAGAAUGUUCACAGAAUCCACUAACUUAGUGAAUACGAGGUCACAUCCGGGCUCUCCACGGUGUAUCCACCCCCAGCACGCGAUUGGCACCAGACUCGUGUUCUCCUUGGCUCGUGCCCUG